ACUCCUGUGUAUUUGCUAGUCUGCUCUCGUCAUGGCUGCAUGGCUGUCCCGGACUGUGGCUUGGAGGAAUGGGAGCUGGCUGCUGCCGUGCCCUGUGGCUGUGGUCCAGGUCUGCUCCAGGGGGGUGGAAAGCACCUCCUCUGCCCCGGGGUCCCUCUCUACCUUGCAGGACAAGCUUCGGACAGUAGAGGACCUCCCACGUGCCGGCUUCUUGGAGCUGAUGUACAGACUGUUUUUUCAGGGUUACUACAAACGUAUACAUGAGCUACAGAUCUAUGAGAAACAGAAAUAUGGUCCCAUGUACGUAGAUUCAACGAAGUCAGUGUGCAUAAACACUCCAAAGCUGCUGGAGGAAGUCAUGAGGAAUGAUGAAAAGUUCCCUUCCCGAGGAGACAUGUCCCUGUGGCAAGAGUACCGCAACUUAAGAGGAUUUGGUUAUGGGCCUUUCACAGAGAAUGGAGAGAGGUGGUACGACCUCAGGGUGGUGCUGAACAAGCGCAUGUUGCAUCCAAAGGAUUCUGCACAGUAUGGUGAUGUUCUCAAUGACACUGUUACAGACUUCAUGAAGAAGAUGUGCUACCUGCGUCAGUGCAGCCCCACAGGAGAUCUGGUGACCAAUAUAGCCAAUGAGCUCUAUUGUUUCGCACUAGAGGCUAUUGCCUCCAUACUGUUUGAGAAAAGGCUUGGGUGUCUGGAAAAGGAAAUCCCUGCAGGCACGCAGGACUUCAUCAACGCCAUAGCCAAGAUGUUCUCCAAUGACAUGAUUGUGAUGUUGACGCCCAAGUGGAGCCGCAGUCUACUGCCCUACUGGGGGCGCUACAUUGCAGGCUGGGAUGGCAUCUUCAACCUUGCUAAAAAGUCGAUUGACCAGAAGAUGGAGGUCAUUCAGCGGCGUUUGGACAACAACCAGGAAGUGGAGGGCGAAUACCUAACAUACCUCCUCUCAAACACUCAGAUGAGCACUAAAGAUGUGUAUGGCAGCAUCGCUGAGCUUCUAUUAGCUGGAGUGGAUACGACCUCCAAUACCCUCACAUGGACUUUGCACCUGCUCUCCAUGCACCCUCAAAAUCAGGACAUACUUUAUAAAGAGGUGUCCACAUUGGUACCGGCAGACCGGAUACCCACUGCUGCGGAAGUCACACAGAUGCCGUAUUUAAGGGCGGUUGUCAAGGAAUCAAUGAGGAUGUACCCAGUGGUUCCUCUGAACGCCAGAGUGAUUGCAGACAAGGAUGUUACAAUUGGUGGAUAUCAAUUUUCAAAGAAUACCUCUUUCAGGUUUUCUCAAUAUGCCAUCAGUCAUGAUGAGGACACAUUCCCAGAGCCGUACACGUUUAUGCCGGAGAGGUGGCUCCGGGACGGCCGUGAGAGGCCAAACGCCUUUGGCACCCUCUCGUUUGGCUUCGGAGUGAGAGGAUGUGUCGGUCGCAGGAUUGCUGAGCUUGAGAUGUAUUUGGUUCUGUUUCGGCUAAUCAGGCAGUUUGAAAUCAAACCAGACCCGACGAUGGAAGAACUGAAAUGCAUCUGCCGCACUGUUCUGAUACCAGACAAACCACUGAGCCUAUACUUUGUGGACAGAGGAGGGGACAGUGCAGCUUGAUUUGCUUUGCAUAUAGGAUCGAAUUAAAAUGUUCCAUGUCAAUAAAACAUUUUUGUAUAUAUUUCUAAGAAUGAACAUCAUGCUUUUUUAAACAAUGGGAUAAGAAAUGUGAAAACAGUAAUAAUGUGGUGAUAUGGAUUUCUUGGAAACUUUUUAUGAAAUUUCCUUCCUGUUGUUGUGUAGCGAAGUGUCAUGCUCUCAGGCUUCAGGCUCCAUACUUGGAAUAAAGAGUUAAAUAAUACUUUAUAAUCAGUAUUUUGGUGUUUCUUACUUGUACCUGGCUCAUCUAAAGUUGGCAAUGCAUUUUGUGGCGUGAUAAUUAUUCACGGCACUUUUUACAAAUGGAGGCAAGAAUCUAUUUAAAGCAUCUGAAUUAUGUUUUCAUUGUGUGUGUGAACUGAAAGUGGAUAAACUCCAGCCUCAUUUUCAUUCCUUUCAUAGCAAAUAAAGUGUAUCAUCUGAUUACCUUUCACCUUGUAUAGCGCAAUAAAGCCUUGUAUCUUGUAUUCAUUGCUGAAACGUACAUUGCUGCACUGAAAUAAA